UCCCCAAAGAUAGCUACAGUCGUCACUUGCACGCAGGGUGACGGUCAUUCACACUAUUCGCUUUAUACGGGCGUCUAGAAAUGGCAGUUUGAUAUUUAGCCUUGGCACAAGUCUUCGGUUGAAGAACCGAGUACGAGGAUAUCACGAUAAGAGAAACUACAAUUCCAGUUGUGUUCAACUAUAAAAUGUCAGUCGACGACGAUCCAGCAGACUUUGAAUGUGUGUUUUGAAUCAGUGGCAGGAAAUUUUCAAAGAACGUCAUGGGAAGUGACAACAAACUGUUCGCUAUUUCAAUUCUGUGCUUCCUGGUAUUCGUCUCGCUAUUUCCAUCUACUCACGCCCAUAAAACCGUUCAAUGCGGCAAACCAAAUGUAAAGGUGAACGAGUUCCCCUGGAUGGCUCACAUCCUCGUUCGCAAUCCUAGCGGGAGAUUGUUGACUUGCGGUGGGACCCUCAUCAGUGCCGAGCACAUCAUCACGGCCGCCCACUGUUUGAUCGAAGAUGGCAGCGAUAGUGUUUUUCGCAUUUUAAACAUCACCUUGGGUGCCCGUGAUGUAAGUCCCGACAGUAACGAACGCAUCCAUCGCCAAGUCUUCAAUUGGAAGGUCCUCACAGUGCCGGAAAUUCACAACAACAUUACCGGACAUAACAUUGCAAUUGUCGCCCUUUCAAAACCUGCCAUUCUCAACGAUUACGUCCAGCCGGCUUGCUUGCCCUUUGCAAGCGAUUCGGACCAAGUGAACGAUUCCGUCGUCUUUACUGGAUGGGGCCAUUCUACUGGAGCUCUCCAGUGUUGCUCCCGUGAGGCUAGUCCCGUACGCCGUCAAUGGAACACGACUGUCAUCUCGUCGUUCGGGAAAAACAUUCAAUGUCGACAGUCAUCGACUCUAACCAAAUUCCUUGGUGACAACAAUCUCAUUUGCACGGAAGGCUCGCAACAACGUCGUUUUUGCAACGGUGACGAUGGAGGAUCGUUGAAUUAUUACAAUUCGAAAUGGGACAGGUGGUUUGUCAUAGGAAUAGCAGGAAGGGCUAAUUCAGACAACUGUCGAAUGAAAAGCAGCAGCAUCAAUGCUAAUAAAAGACCCAAUAUUUUCAUUCGUGUGAGGAGCCAUCUCGAUUUGAUUCACGAACAUUCAGGUGUGAUGCCACCUGUCAUCAAAGAAAGAGCUCCUCAAACGAGUAGGGGCAAGAAUCGGAUGAGAUCUACCACGACGGAAAUUCCUAUUACAUCAGCAACUGGCAGUAAAUCAGCAAAUUCUUUAUUGAUGACAGUGUCAUUCAAUUGCAAAGGUAAACCGCCCGGAAAUUAUCCGAAUCCGACCGUUAGCUGCUCGACUGAUUUCUUCAUGUGCUCCGACUAUAAUUCCUACCUGCUGACAUGCUCUCAUGGAUUGAUUUAUCGAGCGGAUGCUAAUGUGUGCGACUGGCCUUCCAACGUCCCCGGGUGCAGUUCCAAGAGUUUUACCCGUUUUACCACGCCCCUAUAAAUUAUUAACUUUUUAUUACAAAUUUGUGUUGGUUUUUGUGAAUUGAAGGACGUUUCAUGAGCGUCCAUGCAAUAGAGACUUGAUUUUCUUUCAAAA